CAGAGCGGCUCGGGCUCUCGGCUUUUCAGCGUGGUUGCACAAGGUUGCCCGGGGUUUGCUGUAGGUGAAGGUCGGAGCGGCUGGCCAUGGCAGACUUUGAUUCCAACAUGGAUUUGUCGGGGGUUGGCAGUUCAGCUGAAACGGCAGAGCUUCGGAGAAUGAUCGCCGUGGAGCAGCAGAAGGCGCAGUUCACAGCCCAGGUCCAUAACUUUAUGGAUGUGUGCUGGGACAAGUGUAUGGAUAAGCCCGGGACAAAGUUGGACUCGCGGACUGAGAGCUGCUUGGUUAGCUGCGUGGACCGAUUCAUUGACACAACGCUGUCCAUCACCAACCGUUUUGCCCAAUUAGUGCAGAAAGGAGCACAUUAAUGUAACCAACUAGUUCAAGGACUGAUCCAGCAUCAUACCUCCUGAUACUCUGCAGUAACUCACCGGCGAUACUGAAGAUAUUUGCAACAGCCAUGGAACUUUGAAUAUGUAUUUUCUAACAUUGGUGCUGUCAGGCUCAGCUGUCUCUUUAGGCUUGAGCUGUGUAACAUGGAUAGUAAAAAUAUUAGCAGUCCAUGUAUUUUACCGAAAAUCUGUUAUCCAUUCAAAUUAUGUUAAUACUGGUGAAAUGGUGAAAUAAGAAUGUUAAUAUGGAAUAAAAAAAAUAUAGCCAA